CGCUUACUGGAAUUGAUGGAUUGCUUUUAAUUAUGCUUGCUGAAACCAGAGCAUCAAAUGUAGAAAUGCUUGCAAGUACAGUAAUAUUUGUUGAAGCUCCUGUUGAAACAGGAAAAUUACGUAUCAAAGCUCCUUCUACUAAAACAUUGUGUUUCGAAGUGUUUGCAAGAACGAGAACAUCACGCGUAAAAAUUCUUCAAUAG